AUCCCUCAUCAGAAACGCGCUGUCAUGUUUCACAAUAACCACAUUAACCAUUAGCCAGCAGAGCACAAGCGUUUUUUAGUCACACUGCGUCCUCGUGGACCUUUUUUUUUGUCAGGUUGACCGGAUGUAGAUAUUUUAAAAUUACCAGCUCUUACCUCCUGCUGCUGCAGCUGUCGCUCUCACAGACGCUCGGCUCUCCUCCAGCCCAGCCCGCGCCUGCUUCUCCCUCCACAGCCUGUUAUUUUAUUAUUUUUUAUUAUUAAUUUUAAAUUUGCAGUCAUGGGUAUCAAUAAGACGUACAUGAGGAUCGCUUAUGCUUCGUUUGGUACGAUCGUGGGCUUUUCAGCCUUUCUGGUGUGGAACUUCGUGUACAAUCAGCCUUGGACUGGAGCCAUGGGAGGACUGUCAGGUGAAGGAAACACUCUCUGCAGCGAUACAUGUGAUGAAUGUGUGUUGGCACUCUGGACCCUGAUCACUCACAUCAUGUACCUCCAGGACUACUGGCGAACCUGGCUGAAAGGCCUCAGGUUUUUCAUGUUCAUUGGGAUUUUCUUCUCUCUGCUGGCACUCGCAACCUUUGUUGUUUUCCUGGCCAUUGGCGUCCUAUACAAAGACAGCUUCAGUGACCCUCAGAGUUUCUUCCUGUCCUGUGUGUGGAGCGUCAUGACCCUGAAAUGGUCCUUCAUGCUCACCCACGCUGCUCAACAAUACCGCAUUGAGUUUGAGGACAUCGGUAUCCUCAGUGACUUCUGAGGGAACAUCCUGCAUCUUAUAGAAGAUGCACAGACUUUGCUCUCACAGUGUGGAGCUGAUGAAGGAGGAAAAAAAUAAACCAGCAGUGCUUUUUUUCUUUUCUUUAUGCAGAGCAUCAUGACCUUGAACAGGGUCCCCACCUCACCACGUACUGGUGCAUUUUUAAUUCUGAGCAGGACACUGACUUCUAAACUUUUCUGAUAAAUCCAGCCCCGUUUUAUACGAGCCCAGAUAGAUUUUAUUUUCUUACUUUUUCGUUCACCCCUGAAUCUACACAGUGUCCUCUUGGUAAAACAUUUCUAGAAUAUGAUCAAAUUUUUAACCACAUUGCAGUAAAAGAACUUGUUGCAAAUUUACAGACUCUUCUGUGGAAACAUUCAGAUCAAUGCUGCAGCCACUAGGGGGUAUCACUCUUCCAGAUAUAAAUGUACAGUUCAUGGGCGUUUCUUAUUGCUCCAUCUGCGUGAUAUUUGUAUUUAAGGUGUUUUUUUUUACUAGCUUACAGGUUGUACAUUGAGUAAUCAAAUGACGAAAUCGGAUCACAAAGCAUCGGCCCCUUGAUGAAUACAGUGAUUUAAAGCUGAUAUACAUUCACGCACUGCUUUAAAAGUGCGUCGAGGCCUUAUAGAAGGCAGGUAAGCCUGAAGUCCUUCAUCAUUUAGGCUUUCCUGUGAAAUUCCAAAUAAGCACCACAUGUCUUGGUACUGUAUGUUUCUGAACUUUGAACCAGCGUUUUUAAUGUAUGAGUGACUUUUUUACUUUUUAUUUUAUUUUUUGUCUGUGUGACAAAAAGGCGAAACAUGCAUUCAUUGGGCCGCGAUGACACUGUUAUGCAUACUUAAGUAAUCACGUUACUUUGUUUUAUAUCAUCCUUGUGAAACCCGAUUAUGGACAUUUAUACUGUAAGGUGAGGCUGAACACUUCUGUGUAUGAAGUACACUUUGUGCAUCCGCAUGUAUCAUUUGACUGAAUGUAGGAGUGUGUGUUUGUGCAGGAGUGUGUCUAAGAGUGCUGUUAAUAAAGUCUGAAAAUGUG